UUCCAUCACCAGUGAAGAUGCAAGGAACCGCCGCCGACGGAGAAGCUUUGGAUUUCGAGCCGGAGGAUGAUGACUUGAUGGACGAAGAAGGUGCUCCUGACGCCGAAGCUUCACCGCCUCAUCCCAAACUCAAAUCCGCCAUCACCGCUGCUUCGAAUCUUUCCAUUCCCAAAAAGACUAAAGGUCGUGGCUUCCGUCAGGAUUCUGAUUCUGCCGCUAACCGUAACUCCCGUCUCGCCGGUUCUGGUUUUGAUAUUGUUACUGCGGACGGUGGUCCUGGACCUCAAAGAUCCAUUGAAGGAUGGAUUAUUUUGGUGACCGGUGUGCAUGAGGAAGCUCAAGAUGAUGAUUUGCUAAAUGCGUUUGGCGAAUAUGGAGAGAUUAAGAACCUUAACUUGAAUCUUGAUCGCCGUACUGGUUUUGUCAAAUUUGAUGGAUACUAUGUUGUCAUGAAUGAAUUGAUGUUAAAAGAUGUUUUGAACCUUGUAUUGCUGAUACAUUUUGAUGAUUACACUUUUUAUGGUAUCAUUUCCAUGGUUGUCAAGAUCUCGAUCAUAAAAUCUUUAAGAUUUUAUGAUCUCACUCACUCUAACAAUCUCGAUCUUAAGUAG